AUGAUGUCAUCCCAGCCAACAACCCAGCCCCGAAUGUAUGAAACCAUGCUCAGUCCUUAUCCACCAAACAACGUCAAGGCUCCCAGGUCUCAACAAACCAUGGGUUUCAUACACCCGGAAAACCAAGCUCAGGGUGGUCAGCCUCCCCUCUUCGGGUCUCCAAGAAUCAUCACCAACAGUCAGCAAGACCAGGGAUACCCACAGGUGGUAAUCCCAGCUACAGGAACAGCAACCAUAAACUUCACAGAAGAAGCAAAGAUAUUAGGGGCAAUCCAGAUCAUGAUUGGAUUGAUGCACAUUGGCUUCGGAAUUAUUUUAGGUUUCAUGAGCGUCAUUUAUGGACAAGUUUUGGGAUUUGCUUCCUUUGCUCUUAUUAGUGGAUAUCCAUUCUGGGGUGGCAUCUCUUUCAUUACUACUGGUACUCUCUCUGUACUGGCGCCCAAGAAACUUUCUCCUAGUCUGAUCAAAAGCAGCUUAGGAAUGAACAUUGUCAGUGCUUUCUUUGCCUUCAUUGGAGUGAUUCUGCUGCUGAUAGACGUAAGCAUCAAUGGCCUACCCAAUCAAGACUACUGGGCAGUUCUUUCUGGGAAAGGAAUUGCAGCCAUGCUGAUUAUCUUCUCUCUCUUGGAGUUCUGCACAAAUUGUACUACAGCCUAUUUUGCCAAACAAGCAAUCACCAAAACCAACAGGCCUGUCCUGGUUAUUCCCAAUGUGUAUACAGCCAGCCCCAUGGCACCAGGGUUUUCCUCAGCUCCUCCCAGAAACGAUGGCUACCUCACUUACGCCACUUAA